AUGUUCAAGCGCGCAAAAACGGGGACGGGAGCAACUUCCUCUAAAGGAGGAUCGAAGGGAAAAUCCAAGGAUCCCCCGUUUCGUUUGUUGAAUCGUGAGGAUCGUAAAACUUAUGAUUUUCUCGUUUCUAAUAAGCGUCAAGUCAAGUCAACAAAAUUCCUCCAUAGGGAAUCUUUUGCUAGUCUUGGGGUGCUCGAUGGAGUCCAAGCGUUAUUUAACAACAUCGGGUGGGGUCAAUUCCUCCAUAACCGCGCCGCCACCUAUGUUGAACCCACCUUGGAAUUUCUUACCACAUUCAAUCCCGAGGAGGAAGCCCAAACCGUCACCUUCCAAAUCCUCGGCGAGAAACGAUCUCUACCACAUCGGGUCGUGAAUGCUUUGAUGGGUGCUCCCGUGGACAACCUAUAUUACCAACAAGACCCAUGGCCCGGAAACUUCAAUGAACAUUACUUUUGGCAACAAAUUACCAAUGAGCCACAAUAUUCAUCGUCUUCGUCAAAGGCCUCCUCCAUAAUUCACCCAUGUUUGCGCCUAGCGCAUAGAGUUCUCACAUGCACCAUUUUCGCCCGCUCCGAAGUGGGACAGAUUUCAAAGGCGGAAUUAUUUUUUCUUUGGUGCAUGACUCGUGAGAACGGUCCGCGGCCGGAUUUUGCUUCCUUUUUCUUCACCAAGUGUUACAACCUCACAACUAUGGACAAAGGAGACAUUUUCAUUGGGGGAUUAAUCACCCUUAUUGCAUCCCGGCCACCGCUUCAACUUCAUCUCUCUACUCUUCCAUUCGAGAAGGCUUCCGGCCCCUCUAGUCUUGACGGCAACGCACUUCGCCGAAUGCAACUCAUCCGGGAUUCGGUUGUCGGGCCCAUGUGGAUCCUUGACAACCAACCAUACCUCAUUCUCCCUCAUGAGUAUAUCGGGAGUUUUGAACCGACCGAUCCCGAUCAAUGGAUCAUUCCAUCAGACUACCCUCCACCUGUAGAUGAUGAGGAUGACCAAUUUCAGCCUGCACAACAAUUCGCCGAGCCCCAAUUUCAGCCUGCACAGCAGUUCGUCGAGCCUCAGUUUCAGCCGCAGCAGCAGGGGGGAUACGAAAAGCUCAAGAACACUAAACCCACUUCUCACAAAAAUCCAUUUUCCCGGAGUUCUACCGGUCGGAAUCUCACGAAACCACCGCCAUUCUUCUCCAUUUUUCUUCCUCUACAAACCCCACCCAAAUUCCGGUCCAUCUGUGGCCGGAACUCCGGGCGCCACCACCACCCACCACCACAUAUUUUCGCGUUUUCCGGCCAACUCCGGCCACCAUUGGAGAAUCCGAGCACGGGGUUUUGUUUCUCUCAUCAAGAGCUUUCUAGUCAUACAAAUCUUUCCGCAAAAACUCACGAAAAAUUUCCGUCAAAUUCCGAGUGCCGCUACUCCAUUCGCCGGAAAGUCAUCUUGAAGCUAGUUUGUGGGGUUGUUUUAGCGAUUAAAGCAUCAAAUACGGAGCAAAAUUGCAAGCUUGGGGUGUGUCUUGACGAAAUCAUUUUGGUGGCACUAGUUCAUCCCGGGUCUAAGAAAUUGGGUAAUCUCAUUCUUUUAACUUGA